UCCCAGAGAACAGAAUCCGAGGAGGAUUCCAGCCCAGGCACCACUGGCCAGACCAAGGCAAUCGACUCAGGGAGGCUCCAGAGGAGAACCAAGGAGAGCCGGAGGACGCAGGAGGUCGAGUCGCUCCUGUAGCUGCAGGUCAGGCUGCGGUAGAGCGCCUCCAACGGGCCGCGCAACAAGAUGAACCCAAUGCCUCCCCGGGGCAACCCUCGCCUCCCAAGAGACCCUUUAGGACACCCAGUGUUCCGUCCUUAUGUGCCUUGGCUACCUCUGCAACCGUGCAUCUCAUGACUGCUCCCAGCAUGCAGUACAGCAGCAGCAUGGCAGGUCUGACCUCGGAGCUGGCCGAGCUUCUGCUCAACCACAUGUCCCGUGAAAUGGUCCUUCGCCCACGCACCCUGGAGCUGUUCUUUGGCUGCCCGCUGCAGAAGAUCGUCCUCAACUCCUAUCCUUACUCCACCAAUGAGCUGCUGAGGCAGCUGAGGGCCUUUCCUGCUCUUAAACAUCUGAGUCUCGUCAACUCACCGCUCAUCACCGACUCCGGUCUGUCCACCCUGUCCAGCCUUGUCAAACUCCAGUACCUAAACCUGGCCUCCUGCAACAAACUGACCGAUGCCUGCCUGCAGCACAUCACAGGUCUGAGGAGAAUAAGUUCCUUGUUGCUGGACCAGACCAGAGUGACUGACGCUGGGAUGGUGAUGUACCUCCAGACUGCUCCACCCUGCCUGACUCACCUCAGCCUGAACCAGACAGCUGUGACAGAGGCUACCCUGGUGGUCCUGCCGACCUGUGUGCCGCAGCUGCGACUGCUCAGCAUCAAGCAGACAAAGGUUAAAGAUGUCUCAGCUUUAGCAGAGCUGUCCAGUCUGCAGACACUGAACCUGGACCGGACCGGUGUGUCCGAGGCGUCACUCAGGUGCCUGGCCACGCUGCCUGCUCUGACCUUCCUCACUUUAGCCGACAUUCCCGUCACCGAUGGCAACGACGCCCUGCAGAUAAUCGCAGGUCUGAAGUUGACUCACCUGGUCCUCCCUGGACGUCACACGGUCAGCGACAGUGGGUUGUCCCAUCUCUCUGCUCUGUCUCUGCUCUCAGAGCUGGACCUGACAGACUACACACAAGUCACUGACACAGGAGUCCAGUCUCUGUCCACCUUGACCAAAUUGCGGAGGCUGUCACUAAGCAACACUCACGUGACAGAUGCAGGGCUUCCGUCUCUGUGCGGCCUGCAGGCGCUGGAAGAUCUGUGUCUGGACCGAACGGCCGUCACCAGUCAGGGAGUGGCUGAACUCAUCAUCCGUCUGACUCACCUACAGGUCCUAGGUUUAGCCAGCACUCAGGUGGGAGACACAGUGGUCAGCAAAGGUGUGGUCCACUGCAAGCAGCUGGUGAAGCUUAACCUCAGCCACACACGCAUCACUGACAAAAGUCUGAAACAUCUGAAGAACAUGCACCUGGCUCAGGUGAACCUGGACCGGACCGGUGUGAGUCUGACGGGCAUCGCAAACCUGCUGUCCUUCACCAACAUCAUCAGCAUCCGGGCCAGUAACCCUCGCACCAUCCCUCUGGAUGAGGUGUCCGACGAGGAGUGGGAGGCUGAGUGACCCUCCUGACCUUCAGCAGGUCCUGGAGCGCCUCCUACUGCUGCAGCUGCCCGUGCUCUCCUCUCAGCUCAUCUCGGCUCCUCUUCGCCCAGCUCCUCACCAAAAAAAAAAAAACACAAUCACAGUCCGACUUGCACUGUUUCAACUGCAUCUAGUGCCGCUAAUGCAUGCUAGGUUGAACGCUUCGCAGUUAGGCCAUGGCUUAGCAUUUACAUAGUGUAUAUACAGUACACAUACAAUCAGUAUUUACCUGCAGCUUCUCAUUAAAUGUCCAGCUGACAGACUGUGUAGCUGCUGUGGAACACGGAUCGCAGAAUGAUUUAGUUUAAAAUAAACGACUCCUCCAUAGAGGAACGACGUUAAUUAGGUUUGUGUAGGUUUAACACAAUAGUUUAACAUUAGUUCAAGUUAGCGCCGUCGUAGCUGCUCCACCAGAGUUGGCGGUAGACGUUCAGAGCCCAGGCGUUUGUAUGUAUGGUUUGGCGCCCCCAUCGACCUCUGCCCACUAAUACAGGAAUGUUUUUUUUUUACUGCGUUUAAAUUUGCAGAUUAAAGAGAGUAAACAUCCGUGCUCCGAAUUUAGUAGUGGG